UCUUUAGAUAGCUUGAAAGGAGGGAUAGUAGGAUCAUGACUGACUGGAGCAUAGAUCAGGUUGUUCAAUCUAUUGAAACACUUUAUUCAUCUAGUAAUCCGCAAGAGAUCGGAUCUAUACAACAAGGAUUACAGAAGCUUCAAAAAUCUCAAGAUGGAGGGGAAUUGGCCAUGCUUCUACUUCAAAGCAACUCCAAGAAUUGUCGAUUUUUUGGUGCUCUAACGUAUACAGUGGUGAUAAACAAUUUAGAUAAAUCAAAAGAUUCAGAGACGCGAAAUAAUGAGAUACGUACACUUGCGCUGAUAAUGGUGCAGCACAUUCUAUCGAUAGUUAAUCUGGGAAAUUUGCAUGACAGCAUGAUUAUUGUCAGAAAGUUAAUUUCCAACUUGGCUCUUUUAUUCAUAAGAAGUCCAUUAAAUGAAGGGUCUUUCAAUGCACCACUUCAUCUCUUAUUACAUUCUUUAGUUGGAAACCCCAAUGUUUUCACUUCGGGAACUUCUACUGAAGAAUUAUAUCAGAUCAUUUCAUCUAUGGAUCAUGAUAGAAUAUCACUUCUUCUUUUAAGUUCAACUGUCAUGGUGGAAGAAAUAUGUAAAACUGAAUGUCCAAUUGAGAUUCAUGGGUUUGUAUUCCAAGAUUCUUUUACUAUAACAAGCUUAAUAUUCCAGUACUUGUUGUCACAACCACAAAUUAGUCAUCAAAUUGAUAUAAACUCUCUUGAAUGCUUGAUGUCAUGGGUAUCUUAUAUCGCACUCGCAGAAGAUAAGUCACAGGUUCGAUACAGAGAAAAUACAAUUGUAAUACAGUUUCUCUUCCAUCACUUUGAGCUGGUCACAGAUACUCCUGAGGGAAUUUCAAUCAUAAAUAAAGCUAUAUCUGUAGCCAUUGAAAUUUUGGAAAUCAACCCCCACAUGUUAAACCAUCAACUGAGGAUGUUUCUUAGUCUGGUUAUAUUUUCUCCCGAGAAGCUCGGCGAACGUUACCUUCAAAUACUUAUGGUUGAUUCUGAUGAGAAUUGCGAUGAAAUAAAUACAUUGGUUAAUCUUAUGGUUGCUCUACUCCGUACUGAUAUUUUACAUUUCGCUAAGACCUUGACUACUCCAGACACACAGCACAUCUUUAAUGUUUUGACAUCGAUGUCAAACUUCCCUGGUAUUGCUAUUGAAGAUGAAACUGUUCUGGAUCAAAUACUCUCCUUUUGGGAGGACCUUGCUAACGUCUACAUCGAUGAUGAGGAUGUUUUCAAUGCAUUAUACGAAAAUAACAUCGAUCUUAAACAAGAAUUCGAAAACAAACGCAACGAAUUAUUUGAAAAGGUAUGUUCCAUCUAUUGGGCCAAAAUUCAUUUGCCAGAUAUCCAAAUUUUAAAUUCUAAUAAAUCUGAAUUUUUCUAUUAUAGGAGCAAUGUCUCUGAUCUUUUCAUUGUUGCAUACUCCUUACUUAAGGAACCAUUCUAUUAUAAUUUGACUUCAAGUAUAGUCAACGACUUACAAGCCAUCAAACUGAAUGGCUCUUCUGAAAACAAAGUUAUAGAUCUCGAAAGUACAUUGUACUUAUUGUACAAGAUAACUGAUGAUUGUGCAUAUUUAGAAUCUCAAUCUACCGCCUUAUUGACAUAUAUAAACCCAUUAUUCGAGGCUGGUUUAAUUCAAGUUAUUCAAAAUUGUCCACAUUCUGGACUUUUCAGUACUGUCUAUGCCACAGUGAUCAAUUUCCUUUCAUCUAUCCAAUUUUAUUUCAAAUCAAAUCAUGGAUCUCAGCAUCUUGGAAAUGUAUUUGAUCUACUUUUCGGCAUAUUAUUACAAGGUGAUCAGUCUCUUUCAUUGCAUGCAUCUCGAACAAUCUUGAAAAUCUGUCAGGAAUGCAGAGAAAAUUUAACUUCCUUCUUACCAAACCUUGAAGUUCUAUUAGUACAAAUGUUGAGAUCUCCCUCUACAGAUAACCUUAUUAGACAAAGAUUGUUUAAUGCGUAUACUUCUAUUGCACAUUGUGUAAGAGAUGGACCUAAAUUUGGAGAAAUUCUCAGGAAAAUGUUGCUAGCAAUACAUGAUAGAAGUCUGGAGGUAUUAGAUGGUACUGGUGGUAGUGCUCAAGAAUUUUCCAAUGAAGAAGAACGGUCUGACUAUUUAUUAUCGUUACUCACGUGUGUACACGAGGUUGGUAAGGCAUGUCAGGUUCCUGAUGAGAUCGACGAUUUUUAUAGUACAGAACAAAAAGAUUCUGUUGACUCGUUCUGGAAAGAAGAUCCUCUUCAAAUAAAACAAUUAAUCUUGACCAUUGUUAAUAAAUUUCUGUUAAGCGAAAAUCUGAUGUCUGGAGACCUGCUUGUCACUGAAAAAUGUUGCUUGAUAUUAAAGACUGGUCUUGGAGAAGCUAUUCAUGGUCCCUUCGUAUUCCCACUCGAAACUAUUCUUAAAUAUAUGGUUCUCAAGAUGGAUAAAAGUGAUGCUACUUCAGUGUCUUACAUCUAUAGUCUUUUGGAAAGUCUUAUUAUUGUGAAGUUUAAGGAAUUGAAUCAAGAAGUUAUAGCUGAAGUGAUAAACAAUAUAUUCACCCUGAAGCUCGACUUUAUAAAAACCGACCCUGAUAUGGUUCAGUCUACCAUAUCAUUGUUUGCCACAGUUUUGGAAAAAAAACCAUCAUUAGUGAUACAUCUACCAGUUUUUGAAUCAGUUAUCCUCAACUUUGCCUUGGAGGGAAUCAAGGCAAAGGAACAAUUUGUAAUAAAGGCUUCACUGAAAUUUUGGCUAACAUUACUUACGUUGAAAAAGGGAACAGCUGAAGAUCAAGAAAGGAUUCGAAAUUUAAUGGCCAACACCCAAUUAGGACCUAUAUUUGUUUUCAAUCUUUUGGGUGCAUUUUUAGAUGCCCCAAGGUCUAAUUUGGAUUAUUUUUAUCAAGUUUUCCGUAACCUUAUUGCUAAAUAUCAGCAGUUUUGCAAAUUGUGGUUACAAAUUGCCUACGAAGAAUUUGUGUCGAGUGGUCGUAAAUUGGAGGAAUCACUCUAUAGAGUUUUCUCGAGUAAAUUAUUACUAACCAGAGGUAUGAGAGAGGCUAAUGAUGUUCUUAAAAAGUUUUGGUUACAAGCGAAUGGUCUUAUAGAAUUCAACACAAAACUGUAUUAGAAUUGGUACAUGCUUAAAUUUAAUAACAGUAUUAAUCAUUUAAAACUAUAUAGAAAAAGGAAGAGGUCCCUAUAAAACCUUUUAUAUAAAACAAAUUGAAUCCGCCAACAUUAUAA